AUGUACACAGAGCAUCCUAAAGAAAUAAAUGUGAACAGAUUUUACUUCGUGAGGCACAAAAAUAACUUAAGACCACGGGUAUUUCAUGCAUUGAAGGUACAUAACGAUGACGUGGUUGGCAUUGUUAAUUUUAAGAAGGAGGAACGGAUAAAGAGGAGCGAGCUGCUUAGGUUUGACGUGAGGAGUAGGCUGUUUAAAUUUAUGAUGAGAAUGUCUACGUUUAGGAAUGACACUAAUAUUAGGAAGGCGCUGCAGAAGAUGAAGAUGGACGAGUAUAAGAGGCAUGGUAGGGAUGGGGAGAGCAGGGAGGUGUAUGGUGGGUGCAGAGACGGGGAGAGCAGGGACAGAGAGAGCGGAGGAGCGGGAAAGAAAGAACAUACUGGAGAUAAAGAUGGCGAGAGUAGUAGGGAUGAAAGGAGUAGGGAUGAGGAUGAAGAGGGCAACAGUACCAGUGCUGCCGGCAGAAAUCAUUCAAACGCCAAUCUAAACAUUAACCGUUAUCCUACCGGUAAGAAUAACGAAAUGGUAAAAAGUAGCCGUAAGACAUUAGAAUGCAUAAACAAUGCGGAGAGAGACAGUUUCCUGCUCAGCAAAGACAUAAAUUGCUUCCUGAAAAGUGAAAGACGCAUAAAUACGUUUGACCGAGACAUAACGGAACAGGAAUUUGAGAGGGCAUACAAGGAAUACGUCCUGAUGGAUGAUAAAUUUAUUCCUGAUUCGGAGAAGAACAGCGCAAACAUAAUAGUACCGGGCACCAAAGAGAUAAACAUGUACAGCCUGUAUCGCAUCGUAUCCGAGAACGGUGGAAUGGAGAACGUAACAAACGAACAGAAAUGGAAAAGCCUGUUUUACGGCGCAAUGCGCAAGACAAACGUGAGCUACACAGUGCGCACGUUCUACAAGAAGUUCCUGUACGAGUUUGAACAGUACAGACGUGCUAGGCAUUACGUGAACUGCGAGUGCACCGGCAUGUGCGAAUGCAACGAUUUCGUGGACUGUAUGGGUGCUGAGCACGGGAACAAGGACAAGCCUGAUUUUGCAUACAAGUUCAAGAUCAGAGAAAUCGUAAAGUUGGCAACUUCUAAGGAGCGGUACUACGGCCACGUAAAAUUGAGAAGGAAUAGGGGACUGAACCAGUACUACGUGCAGUUUAUGGGAUGGUGUAAGGAGCAUAGCGAGUGGUACUGUGAAGAUGUGCUUUCGAAGUGUGAGCAGAAGAGAGAGGGGUAUGUGGUAAGGAAGCCGAGCAGAUCGAGCAAAACGAACAACUUGGUGAAUGAUCCUUUGAUAAGAGAAAAGCACAGCCAUACGCGUACGGAAGGCGAGUUUGAGAGGGAUGAGCGUAAAUAUGGGGAGAUGAUGUAUGAUGAGGGACAUAGGGUUUAUGGUGGGGAGGGUAGGUAUGAUAAGUCGUACGAGGACCGCAAAUACGAGAAAUCAUACGAAGACCGCAAAUACGAGAAAUCAUACGAUGACCGCAAAUACGAGAAAUCAUACGAUGACCGCAAAUACGAGAAAUCAUACGAAGACCGCAAAUACGAGAAAUCAUACGAUAACCGCAAAUAUAGCCCGUCUUAUGUAGACCAUGCCAACACCGAUACAAACAUCCCCAACAAGUACUUCCUAAGCAGCAUUGACAAAAAGGUAAUAGAAAUGCGCAAUACAAUUCAACGAAACUUGGAACGCAAUCAAAUUGAAGUUAAUAAUCUAGAAAGUGACAUAAAAAAUAAAUUGGAGAGGGAUAUAAGAAAUUGUGUGCAGAAGGGGAUGGAAAAUGAAAUGGGAGUGAUGAAGGGAGGUAUGUUGGGGGAGUUCAAGGUGAAGAAGGAUGUGGGAGGUGCUCUAAGACAUAGAAAAAGUAGUGAGGAAGAAGGCAUGAAGUAUGUAGAUGAUUCUGUAAGGCGAAGUGGUGGGGAUGAGAGAAGGAGUGGCGAAGAGAGCAGAGCAAAGUAUGUGGAGAAUGCUAUGUGGAGAAAUGGUGAGGAGAGUAGGACUAAAUAUGUGGAUGAGGAACACGCAGUAAAACACAGGGAUGAAAACAGGAUGAAGUACGGUGAUGAAUGCAUUAGAAGAAACAAAGAGUACGGCACGGGUACAGACAAGUCUGAGGCACAACACGAAAACAAAGAUGAAUUUGUUGCACUCAGCACGUGUGAUAGCGAGACAUUAUCUGUUAUUGCAUGUGCUGCACAUAAAAGAAGUGACAUAGAUUUUUACGAGCACCAUUCAACGGGUGAUUGUCCAUCAGCAGUUGCCAAGAGCCAAGGAAACUUAGGUGUUCUGUUUGAUCACGAGGUGAUGAAAUACGUACAAACGGAGAGAACACGAAUGGUGGUGAAGGGGAGUGACAGAGAAGUGCUUAAGAAGUACUACGGGGUGCAUGGGGAUGAGUGUGUCAUUAAUAUCAAUAAUUACAUGGUGAUAGGGUACUUCACAGAACUGAAGGAAUAACAAUUAGCAGUACUUCUUAUGCAAAACAUAUUAAGUAAAUACGG